AUGAUUGAUAGGAGCGCAAAGAACGCUGUGCUGACUGAGAAACUACUAUACGAUGUUCGCUAUGAUAGCGCCUGGAAGCCGAGCUAUACCAAAAAAUUCAGUGAAGGGAAGAAGAAACCAGCCAACAAGGCUGGCUGGGUUCUUCCGCUCAAAGGGCUUUGCGAUAAGGAAGCUAGCAAAUGGUUGGAAAACGAUGAACUGAAUACUAGAAAUCAUAAUUUGGAGGAAUUUUUCAAAAAAGACUGGGAUGGAAACGGGAUCAAAUUGCGCAUGAUUGCGUUUGUUCGGAGUGUGGAAAACGACCGUGACCGCGUUCGGCUUCAAGAUCGAUAUUACAAUAAUAUCGUGAUGUGGAAGGCGCUGUUCGGCAGCCGAAAACAGGUGUUUAUUCGAACAAUGAUUGGUGGCAUGGAGCGGCGAUUCGAAAUUCUUGAUAAUCAAGUGAACCAUAUCGUCUUCACGCAUCAUGCAUUUGAUGAGCAUCUCCAUUUGUGCCGCAAUAAAAGAAUCAAGUGUCGUGAUAGCACACGUGUGGUUCUGCGCUACCCAAAAGCUGCAAGCUAUGAUUUCAUACAUGCAAAUUACGUUCAAGGAGGACCACUGUUCAACAAAUUCAUCAUCACUCAGGUAAUCGCCUGUUUCCUUUUGCCAUCUGUUGCCAAAUGA